CUCCACUCCCCCGUUCCCGUUCACACGACCUGCCUCCGGCCUCCGCGUCCUGUCGCCAUGGGCGCACCCUCCGCGAGCUCCACGAUCUAGCGCCGCGGCUCGCACUGCGGCGUCGGCGACCUGGAGGGGAACCGUGGAUGCAGAUAGCAGGUUGUCUGGGGGCACGAGCUUGUAGGGCGCGGCAUGGGGAGGAAGCCUGACGCCGCGAAGCCGCACUCCUGCGCUGGCGCUGCAUCGCCGAGGGCGGCGAGGAGGGCGCCGCCUUCUCCGGUGUUCCUGGGAACGGCCCUGUUCGUUCUAGGGUUUGUGUCCCUGUUCACGGGACACGUGGUCACCGACGCCGACUGGUCGCGGGUCCGGAGCCGGUGGCGAUCCGAGCAGCUUAGAAACAACGAGCCCAUUGAUAUUUGGAAAUCGAGGUAUUCCAACAUGUACUACGGAUGCAGCGGGAGAAGCGUGAAUUUCAGAUCUGCUGUGCUGGAGAAUAAUUCUACUGGUUACUUAUUGAUUGCUACUAGCGGAGGGCUAAAUCAGCAGCGUAUAGGGAUAACAGAUGCUGUUGUUGUUGCCUGGAUUUUGAAUGCCACACUUGUUGUACCUGAGUUAGACCACCACUCUUUCUGGAAGGAUGACAGUGACUUCUCUGACAUUUUUGAUGCGGACUGGUUCAUUUCCUACCUAUCAAAGGAUGUAACUAUUGUUAAAAGGAUUCCUUAUGAGGUGAUGACAUCGAUGGAUAAACUCCCAUGGACCAUGCGGGCGCCUAGGAAAUCGUUGCCUAAGUUUUACAUUGGUGAAGUUUUGCCAAUACUCAUGCGAAGGCGAGCUUUGCAAUUAACCAAAUUUGAUUAUAGGCUCACUAGUGAGCUUGAUGAAGAUCUGCAAAAGUUACGUUGCCGAGUAAAUUUUCAUGCAUUAAGAUUUACGAAAUCCAUACACACUCUGGGUCAGAAACUCGUGCACAAGAUGAGACUCAUGAGCUCGCGAUAUGUUGCCAUUCACCUGAGGUUUGAACCUGACAUGCUUGCGUUUUCUGGCUGUUACUACGGUGGUGGUGAAAGAGAAAGAAAGGAACUGGGUGAAAUUAGGAAACGAUGGGAUACAUUGCCUGAGUUGAGUGCUGAGGAUGAGCGCAGUAGGGGGAAAUGCCCAUUGACUCCUCAUGAAGUUGGUUUAAUGCUCCGAGCUCUUGGUUUUGGCAAUGACACAUACCUGUAUGUUGCUUCUGGAGAAAUAUAUGGUGGAGAGGAAACUCUCAAGCCUCUCAGGGAACUCUUUCCAAAUUUCUACACCAAGGAGAUGCUUGCUGGGGAUGAUUUGAAACCGUUCCUUACUUUUUCUUCACGGUUGGCUGCAACUGACUUCAUCGUAUGUGAUGAGAGUGAUGUCUUUGUUACAAAUAAUAAUGGAAACAUGGCCAAGGUUUUAGCUGGCCGAAGGCGAUACAUGGGCCACAAGAGAACUAUUCGCCCAAAUGCAAAGAAACUCAAUGUAUUGUUUCAGAGACGGAAUAAGAUGGGUUGGGAUAUGUUUUCACGGAAGGUAAAGAAAGUCCAGAGGGGUCUUAUGGGGGAACCGGAUGAUAUCAGACCAAGACAGGAUGAUUUCCAUGAAUUUCCAUCAUCUUGCAUCUGCGUAAGGAAACCUGGGAACAUAUCGGUCACAACAUGAACUGAAAACUUGACACCGCACAAGUGAGGUAGACAACUGGAGCAUGCUGCGUAGUUGGGCAUGGGUUUGUUGCACUGGGGGAAAUGUAUGUUUGCUAAGGAAGAAACAUGUUGGAAUUUAUGAUUUGGAACAACCAGGACAGGGAUGCAUAAUGCAUAUAUGAAGAAACAGAUACCAUGGGCCGGUCCCAUCAAACUGGUGGCCUUGUAGAGAUGACUGACGAGUUGCAGCUCCGGUUUGGUUAAAUUAGUUGUUAACUUAAACCCAAGAAACUACACACGAAGGAGAGUUGCCAGCUUGAGAUGUGCAAUGCCUGUAAAUUUUAUUUUAUACAUGAUUGAUUCAUCAGAGACGGUGUGCUUCUGUCAGUUGAUCUUCAGUCUGAGUUAAGCCUCAAGGCAGUUCACUUGUCCGCAGAAGGACAAUGGCCACUCGCCUACUCCACGUGCUGUGAUUACUGUACCUUGCGCCUUUUGGAAGAUAACUGCAGUGUGUUCUUAUUACUGGAUUGUAAGAUAACCAAUGCCAAGCCACGUUCAACUUUUUCCUUUUUCCUGUCUCAUGAUCAUGUAAUUUAUCAACAAGGAAAAGUCAUUCUGGUUUAUUAAAUCAAUAGGUGUGGAUAUAUGCCAUAUUUCAUUGUCGUCUGCUUUAUUGGUGGUUAUGCAAUAAAUAUCUCAAGCUGUGGACCGUUCUCGUUUA